UUUUUUACCCCUAUGAAGUUAUCAUACAGUAUAACAUAAAUGCUUUAUUCAAGAUUACUGGUAUAAGGUAGGACGUUUAUCAUCUCUAGAGAGCGCUAAGGGGAGGGACGUAAAAAGGCGUUUACAAGGAAGAGUUAGUAAAGAUCUUCGAGUCAGAAUCGUCGAUUCAAUCCCAACUGUAUACCCACAUGUCCCUAUGAUUUCACGGUGCGAUAAAAUUUGUUCGACACUCGUCGAGCGUCCUUGCCGCUCAUGGAGCACCGCUUGAUGACCCUGUGGGACUUUUCAUAGAAUGAAGUAAACUGUUCCGUAGACGAGCUGGCUAUUGUGAUGAAGGAUCGACUGGUCGAGCUGACUGCUAGCAGAACCUCGGCGGAGGAAGAUGUUGCAGUCUCAGUGGAUCGAGACGGUUUCAUGGAGGGCUUCUUCAGGAGGGUGGAGGAGGUUCGAGGACUCAUUGAUAGGAUACACUACCAAGUGGAAGAUGUGAAGAAGAUGCACAGCAUGAUAUUGUCUGCACCCCACCCAGAUGACAGAACAAAGGAUCAUUUAAAUGCACUGACCAAUGACAUCAAAGGGAAUGCCAACGUUGUGAGAACAAAACUCAAAUCCAUGGAGCAAAACAUACCUAAGGAUGACGCGACUAACAGAUCCUCUGUUGACUUCAGGAUCCAGAAAACACAGCACACGGUGUUGAUCAGAAAGUUUGUGGAGGUAAUGACCCAGUACAAUGAGACACAAGUUUCCUUUAGGGAACGAAGCAAAGGACGUAUCCAAAGACAACUUGAAAUAACUGGAAGAGUGACCACCAAUGAAGAACUGGAAGACAUGCUAGAGAGUGGAAUCCCUUCCAUCUUCACAUCUGAUAUAAUUUCAGACUCCAAGAUCACACGUCAGGCUGUGGACGAGAUUGAGUCACGACAUCAGGACAUUAUACAACUGGAGUCCAGCAUCAGAGAAUUACAUGCAAUGUUUAUGGACAUGGCAAUGCUGGUUGAAACUCAGGGUGAAAUGGUCAACAACAUUGAAAACAACGUUUCCAAUGCAGCUGAAUACAUUUGUCGUGCUAAAGAAGAAACCAAAAAAGCAGUAAGAUACCAGAAAAAAUCCAGACGGAAAUAUAUAAUCCUUGCCUUUGCGCUCCUGAUCCUGCUUGCUGUCAUUGCCUUGAUUGUUGGUUUGUCUGUUGGUCUAACCAAACCUCCUGCUUGAGACAGUGAUCACAGCAAAAGAAUCUGCACUGCCUUGCUGUGUUUCGAGUUGUGGCUGUCCUCGUUUCACUCAUCACACUAGUUGGUGCCUUUGGGUGAAGGAUUACAUAGGUCACAACCCCACAGUAAUCUCUUGUUCCUGUAGUCAUAAAGCUUACAAUAGCGCCAUCUCAUUCACCAUAUAACAGCAUUACAGGGAAAAACACAAUCAGGUAUGACAAGUUGUCUUCUGGACUUUUUUACAUCACUAACACCAGACUGUGAGGCGCAAAUCUGUGCCAGGUAAGCGCCUAACCUCACUGUUCAUUAACUGAUUAGAUUCAGUUUUUGGAACAUAUGAUAUAUAUACAGUGGGGCAAAUAAGUAU